UGGAAUGUUCGAAUGUUCGCUUCUAUCUCUUUCGAUUCGGCUUUCUUUCGUCGAGUCUUCCCAUAUCCCUCCAUUCAUUUAUUCCCUGCAACCCCCCGUUGUUGUCCGCUAGGGUAUGCAUGAGCUGUUGUGCCGAUCUUAACUUAUUCCCAUGCCAUCGCCUGUCAACCCGCCGCGUCCCUCCAACCGCGGGGGAGCCGCCAAAGUGUCGCCCACGAAAUCAAAAUCCCUCGAUAUCGGUCGGCCUUUGGGGAUCUACGAUACGAACUCCGUGCGAGAGAAGGUGCGCAAAUGGCAGCAGCAAGGCGGCGGGGUCAUCACCGCCACCGACGCAGUCUACUACGAGGACGAGGAGGAGAACAAUCCCGCCGCCGAAUCCAAGCCCAAACCGGCCAAUGAUAAACCUCCCGCCAGCUCCAAUGGUUCCGCAGUCUCCAGGAUGCGAAGUCAAAGCACUCCGCGAAAACGAGUAAUCAGCGACGAGCACUGGAAGCUGAACCGCAUGCCCACGCAGACCCAGGCUUCCAAGCUACCACCCCCCAAGCGCAUUUCCGAGUACACGACAAAUGAUGCAUUGCGGUCGCCACGCAAAGCGGGGAAGGACGAGGAUGGGGGGUCGCCGCCAACAUCGCGAAGUCGCGAACGCGACCGAUCGACGGACCUCGCGACGAGGGAGCGGAGGAAGUCCCGUGCGUCGCGGGAUGUGGAGACAAUACCUGAGAACCGGGCGGAAGAGGAGAUUGCGUCGUACAAUGGAUCCGCCAAAUCGACCUCGCUACCGUCGACGGAGAAAGGUCAUACUCGUGCGAAGUCUGAGCAGCCGCAGAGUACCAAGUACAAGGAUGCCCCGCCAGAUGACGACUCAGAAUGGGCGACGAGCGAGGCAGAUUUCUCAGAGCUGUCCAGACGCCGGGCAAGAGGUCCCAAUCCGGCACCGAAAGGUCCUUCCCCGAAAGGCCCUGGCCUCAAUGCCCUCAAGAGCCGUACGGCCGUGAAGCCACCUAAAGGGGGCAUCUUCGGGCAUAUGUUAGACGCAUCAAGAGAGAUCUUCGCCAAACCUGAGCCUCCUAAACCAGCGCCAGUCCGGGGCGCCAAAAUCCAAGCCUGGCUGUCUAACACCACCGAACCCUUCAUGGAAGGGAUCGAAUCGGAUGUGGAGAUUCCAGCGCCCCUGAAGAUGCGGUCUGGUAACAACAAAUCGACCACAAAAUCCGAGCAAUCCCACGCUAGCGAUGGGGAACACUCCAUGGAUAGUGACACGCCCCGCAAAGAUGCGGCUUCACGGCGAAGGAGGAGAGAUGGAAGCUCUCCGGCAAGCGACCGAGCCAAAUCGAUACAGGAAUCAGCUGCCAGCUCGGGAUCGCAAAGAGAUGGUAGUGCUUCCUCUUCGAAGAAAAAGCAAAAUGAAAGCACAGGCAGUCGUCCGUCCUCUAGAGGCAAAGAGCUCCCCAUCCGAGAGCGCCCCCAUGAUGUGAAGGAUGUGGUGUCUGAAGCUGGAACGCAGCCGCUAUCAGAAGGCUCGGAAGUGUCUGGCAACAAUGCGCCUGUACCGCUCGGGCGCACGAAACCAUUCCCUACCACCGGCGCACAUCCUCUAUCAACAAUCGCAUCUGUCGAGUCAAUGAGCAAAGGAGCUAAUUCGGCGGCGCCAUCGGUUCCGCAAGCACAGGAUUCACCAGCCCAGGCGAAGGAAGAAGAUGAAGAGCGGGACUCAUUUGACCCUAACUCACUCCCUGUAGUUUCGUCCCAGCUAAAACGACGACUUACUACCCAUGACGAUUUGAUCUCCGUGUUGUCCGCCCCUAAUAGCAGGAGCAGGAGCCUUCGCUCUGCGAGGAGCUUGAAGACGAAGAAUCGCGUGGUCUCCGAGACUAUUCCAGACAUACUCAAGGAGCUGUCUGCCGACGAAGCGAAGUAUAUGCGUGAGCUGAAGACUUUGGUCGGCGGUGUGAUUCCUGUCCUCCUGACUUGUGUGCUUUCACGGUCUGAUUCUGCAAUCGCAGCUGGUCUCUUCCGACCUUCCACCGAUCCCAAAGAUGAGGUGAAUUUCAGCAAGCCCAUUGUGGAUAUGGGUGUCGCCAUCGAGCGUUUGAAGACCUUGCACAAGCGGAUCCCCGAAGAUAGCGUAGAUGCGCUACUCAACUGGGCGCAGGGGGCGCAGAGGGUAUACCGCGAGUAUCUCAAGGCGUGGAGAUUGGGAUUCAAGGACGUUAUUGUGAAUCUGGCGCCCUUGGAGGAAGGAGAAGGGGGCGAUAACGCUGACACCAAGAGUUUGGAUGAGGGUAUGGCAAGAGACGAAAAUGGAGAUGUGGUGGAUAGUGAUGGCGAGAAGGUCGAUGUUGCCUACCUCUUGAAGCGACCUCUGGUACGCUUGAAAUACCUUGCCAAGACAUUUAAGGGGAUUAAGACGAUACAACCGUCCCCCAAAGCGGAGGAAAUUGCCUCGGCUUAUCAGACUUUGGUGACAGAAGCGCGCCGUCGUGCGAGGGAGGAGAGAGCCAGACUUGAAGAUGAAUCUGCCGCCACCAUCGAUGCGACGCGCGCGCGCGAUCCUGCAACGCUGGGUGCCUUGACCGAGGUUACCGUGGACAGGUCUCGACGAGUUCGAGCCCGCGAUUUCUUUAACCUAUCUCUUUACCAUUCCAGUGGGCAGGUGAUCGACUGUCGUGCAGAAUUCCUUUUGAGAGAUGCAUCCCCGCAAAACAAAAGCGAAGGUGACCUGCUUAUUUGUGAGAUCGAUCAUACGGAUCGCUGGCUACUAUUUCCUCCCAUACCGCUGGGAUGUGUCUCUGCUCGGAACGGGGAUGCCAAGGGGGAGAUUGUCGUCAUGUUGCGAAGUGCUCCGGGGCAAGAGAGAGCAUGGCAGGAGCUCCUCAUUCUCCAAAUUGACGAGGAGGAAAUCGGGAAUGAAUGGGUGCAGAUGCUGGGUUUGGUUCCUGUCCCACCGGCCAUCUGCCGUACCCAGAGCUUCAUCGACCGAGCGAAGCAACGGCAACGAGCACAGACAAUAUCCUCCUCGACUGAAGCUUCUCAGGCACAGAGAGCGCCUCCAAGUCCUACAAACGUCAACAUUCCGAUCGGAGAAAAGGCCGACAGUCGGGCUAAGCGUCGAUCUCUGACUCCUCGAGAUCAAUUCUCUGAUCCAAGCACUGUCGGUUCUUCAUGGGCCAACGAUUCAUAUACAUCAUUGCAUAGCGCAAUCACGCGAGAGUCGGAUUAUGCUACGGGAGACGGAGAGGGUGCUUCGAAGUCUUCGUCUCGAUCUCAGCCUAUUCUUCAUGCCAGAGAACCGCGCAAGAGCUUCACGAGCGAUGACAGACCUCACGGGCUCAAACGAUCCAAGGCCAAGAGGGUUUCGCGUUACGGUGAAAGUAGCCCAACCACUCCUACGGAGCCAACCCCAGACAAGGGGAAGGCCCGGGAACCCGAAGAAACCAAACGUCCCGAGGAAAGAAAGGCCAAAGAACAAGCUCCCCCUCAAAGGCCGUCUAUGCCUGAUAGAAGGCUGUCCUCCGUGCCAUCGAUGGACCUUCCCGUGAUCCCCAAGCUCCGAAGAGGCAGUAGUCAGACCUACAUCUCAGAGUCAUUUGCAUCCACGUCGGAUGACGAAUAUUCUGCCAUCGAGUCUGCCUACUUUACUGAGACCCCAACGAGGGACCAGGGUGGCUCUCGAGCGAAUUCCGACUCGGACCAGGAGGAACCUCCCGCACCACCACCGCAUUCACGCUCACCAAGUUCGACCGGCUCGAACCUUUCCAAUGCCCCGGUUUUAAGUCCAAGCAAUGUGCGCCUAAAGCGUCGCGGCUCUUCGCCUUUGAAGCAUGAAUACGAGCCGUCCACUGCUUCGGACUCUUACUCAGAUUCUGACACGUCAACUGUGCGGCGCUAUGACAUGCAGUCGGGGUCAGAAUACUCGGCAACGGACAGCUCCGACGACGAUACAGAAGAUGAACUCGCGUCUUUGCCAGCGCGCCAUCUUUCCAAGUCCCAUGCGCAGGAAUCCGUCAUGACCUCUGCCAGCAGCUCCUUGUCAUUGACGAAUGCAGCAUCCGAGGGCGGAUAUAGGUCUGUUCCGUCGCAGCCCGCCAAGUCGUCUGCUGCCAUCGCUGCCGUCUUUGCCUGGUCCGAUAAGGGCUGCUGGGAAAGUAUAUUCCCCGACGAAUGUAAGGUUAUCGUUAGCCCAGGGCUGAUCGAGGCGUACAAUAUGAGCGACGCUCCCAUGGGGAUGGAAGACGAGGCCACACUGAAGAAACUCCGCCCGCUUGUUGCGCUUGAGCUUACCCCCCUUGUUCCUAUCCGACGUGGUACAGCCAUCGACAUCAGCAUCCGCUCUCCACCCACCCAACGAUCCAAGAUCAACUGGAGUAAUAACAUCAUGUUCCGCUCGCGCAAUGCAGAUGAAUGCGAAGUUCUGUACGGGCUCAUCAACCACGCGCGCAUCAACAACCCCACCUACAUCGCUCUGCAGAACGCCAGAGGGCCGUAUGCCGACCAGCCCCUUCCAGAAGAAGCCCCCAGUCGAAGCGGCGGCCUCUUCGGUUGGCCGCGACGCAGGAGAAGCUAUCGUGCAUCCACCUCCCCACGAUCGCAGGCCGACAACUCCGACAGCAGCGUGGGCACCGUGAGCAGCGCCUUCUCGGCUCUCAAGCGCUUUGGCGCCGGAAGCAAGAUGUUCAACAUCUCCCGGUCCUCUCUGACAUCUCGUAAUGGCCAGAAAGAGGACAGUCUGUACUCCGAAUCUCUCGGCUCCAACGCAUCCCCGUCAUCCGGCAUCGGCCGCAUUGCAGCGGCCAUCAAGGGCGUCGACGGGAUCGGCCUGUCCAACGCCAAGAUCCGGCUCUACAUGCGCGAGACGCAGUCCAAAUGGCGCGACAUGGGAGCCGCCCGACUGACCAUCAUGCCGGCGCCCCCGGAGCCUCGCGACGCCAGCAGAAGCGAAUCCAACACAUUCUCCGAUGGCAUGGACGGCAGUCCCCCCGGAUCGGGCUCCGCUUCCCCGCGUCGCGCCACGGAACCAGAGAAACGCAUCCUCAUCCGCGGCAAGACCCGCGGCGAGGUGCUGCUGGAUGUCUGUCUGGGCGAGAGCUGCUUCGAGCGGGUCGCGCGGACCGGCAUCGCCGUCUCGGUCUGGGAGGAGACCGAGGGCGGCGCCAUGCCCAAGAAGGGCGGCGUCAUGGUGGGCUUCUCGCGGAUCUACAUGAUCCAGAUGAAGAGUGAGGCCGAAGCCGCGUACACGUUCGGACUAGUUGGGAAGUCCAAGUAUUAACCAGAGGUCUUUUUAGCCUUUGACGUUCGAUGUUUCCCCUCUCCCCUCCUUUUUUUUCCCUUCGUUCAUGAGAUCAAGAUACCUCAAGCCAGCUAUCUAUCUAUCUACUACCUUUCUAUUUACACUCAGUUUACGAAGAGCAUGUCCAGCGUGAUUUUUACCCCCAUGUUUUAACUUUGUCUCUGCCUACACUUGUUCCGUGUUGCUUUGCUUACUGCUAAAUAUCUUCUGCGCAUACCCAUACCCCAUUCGUACCCCAUCUGUUCAUAACUAUUACUUUCCACCGUACACAAGUCAAUGAGAUCAUAGUGUCUGUGUCUACGAACUACAAGA